CUGCGGUGCUUGUUCAAUUCCAAUACCCCCACCAAUUGCGCAAAUCGUAUCCCCUUCAAAAACUACAAAACAGCAUCAGAAGCCGAAAAACAGAGAAAGCAGAGUGAGCUCGAAAAAUUCAAAAAAAAUAAAAAAAAAACCUCCGAAUUCAAAUCCUUUCCUCCCCAACAUGCAAUAAUUAUCAAUCCACAGAAAAGUCUCUUCCUUUUGGAAAACCCAGAGAGGAAGAGUUCAGUUGGGAAUCGAAAGCUUUUUCCUCCCAGAUCUGUCCAAUGGCGGAAGACUCAAAGAAGUACAUUUCCCAGGGAAAACUCAGCACCCACAACAAGCCUGGAGAUCUAUGGAUCUCGAUACAGGGCAAGAUCUACAACGUCUCCGAUUGGGCCAACCACCAUCCCGGCGGUGAGCUGCCGUUGCUCAGCCUCGCCGGCCAAGACGUCACGGACGCGUUCGUCGCCUACCACCCCGGCACCGCCUGGCAGCACCUCGACCAGUUCUUCACCGGAUUCCAUCUCGAAGACUAUUCUAUUUCCGAAGUUUCCAAAGAUUACAGGAAGCUCGUCAACGAGUUUACGACAAUGGGGCUUUUCGAAAACAGUGGACACAGCGUGCAUUUCUAUCUGUUUCUGGUGGCAGUGCUGUUUACUCUGAGCAUCUACGGCGUCUUGUGCUCCGACAGUGGCUGGGUUCAUCUGGGUUCCGGCGUAUUGAUGGGUUUUCUCUGGAUUCAAAGCGGGUGGCUUGGCCACGAUUCGGGUCACUACCAGAUCAUCAGAAGCAAAAGGGUGAACAGAUUCGCCCAGAUCCUCACCGGAAACUGCCUCGCCGGCAUCAGUAUUGCGUGGUGGAAGCGCAACCACAACGCCCACCACAUUGCCGUCAACAGCCUCGAAUUCGAUCCGGAUCUCCAGCAUAUGCCUUUUUUCGCGGUGAAUUCGAAACUGUUCAGCUCCCUCGCCUCUUAUUACUACGACAGGAAGAUGAAUUUCGAUGCUUUUACUAGGUUCAUGGUUAGUUACCAGCACUGGACUUUUUACCCUGUCAUGUGUCUUGCUAGGAUUAACCUUUUUGCUCAGUCAUUUUUACUGCUGUCAUCCAAAAGAUUGAGGGUAAAAAAUAGGAUCCAAGAAAUCUUCGGGCUUUUGGUGUUUUGGAUUUGGUAUCCUCUGCUGGUUUCUUACCUCCCCAAUUGGGGUGAAAGAGUAAUGUUCGUUGUGGCAAGCUUUUCCGUCACUGGAAUCCAACAUGUGCAGUUCUGCUUGAACCAUUUCUCUUCAAGUGUUUAUGUCGGAACCCCUACAGGGAACGAUUGGUGCGAAAAUCAGACGAAUGGAUCGCUGGAUAUAGUCUGCCACCCGUGGAUGGACUGGUUCCACGGCGGAUUGCAGUUCCAGAUCGAGCACCAUUUGUUUCCGCGGUUGCCCAGAGGCAACCUCAGGAAAGUUGCCCCCCUUGUCAAGGAACUCUGCAAGAAGCACAAGCUGCUUUACACAAGUGUGUCAUUCUACAAGGCCAAUGAACUCACCGUUGGGACGCUGCGCAAGGCAGCACUGCAGGCUCGCGAUCUUGCCAGCCCGGUUCCAAAGAAUUUAGUUUGGGAAGCUGUACACUCUGUUGGUUGAGACCAGAUGAAGAACGUUUGAAUGUGAAGCUUUUUGUGAGAUUUGGAUGGUGUGGUUAUUUGUGCCUAAGGACAAUAAUGUUAUUGUUGUUGGAGGGGUAUGGUAACUUAAUUUUGAUUGAUAUCUUUGAGGGUGGUGAGAGCCUUGAUUUCAAUUGGAACAAAAUAAUAAUCAUCUUUUAGGAUUGCUUCCAAAAUUCUUGUUUAGAUAUAAACUUAUUGUGCGAGUUUGUAGUAGGAGAGUUACCCAGUGUUGUUCGCGGUUAAUUUGAGGCGUUGUUGUUCACGGUUUAUAGAACGAAUAAUUGGAGAUUAAUUUAUGUGUA